AACGGCCGUCGUUAGAAGCUUUAAUCCGCGUACUAUCUCAUUAUUAUAAAGAAUAAUCAUCCUCACGAUGACUGAUACCGAAGUCGUGCAAUCUCCAGUGGAGAAGAAGAUCGCCGCUAAAACUGAUUCUGUUAAGAAGGCAGUCACGGCUAAAAAACUAGCUACCAAGUCAACUCAUCCUAGCACCGCUGACAUGGUCAAGGCUGCUAUCAAACAUCUUGCUGAGCGCCAGGGAUCAUCGCUUCAAGCUAUCAAGAAGUACAUCGCUUCAACUUACAAAGUUGAUGUCGAGAAGCAGGCUCAGUUCAUAAAGAAGUUCCUCAAGUCGGCUGUUGUCAAGGGAAUUUUGAUUCAAACCAAAGGCAAAGGUGCCUCUGGAUCCUUCAAGCUUCCAAUCACCAAAGCUGCAGUCAAGCCGAAGCCCAAGGCAGCUUCCGCUGAGAAGAAAGCAGUUCCGAAAAAAGCUGCAGACAAGAAACCAGCAACUAAGAAGACUCCUGGUGAAUCGAAAACUUCAGUGAAAAAGACAACUGGACCCAAAAAAGCUGCUACUACGAAAUCGGCAUCAGCUAAGAAAGCAGCCACUAAACCUUCAGCGAAACCUAAAACUACUGCUACACCAAAAGCUAAAAAAGCUGUUAAAGCUCCGACUGCCAAACCCAAGUCGCCAAAGCCCAAGAAAGUUACUGCUCCAAAAGCGGCGAAAGCUCCUGCCAGAAAAGCUGCAGCUAAGAAAUAAGACGACUACCUUUUUAUUUAAUCAUUAAAAAAAAUAAUAUAAACGGCCCUUUUCAGG